CCUCACAAGCCUUCCAUGGCAGGAAAGGACCCUGCUAAGCUCAUCAAAAAGGCAUUCGCUGAAACCCUGUUUUUUACUAUCCUUUUGCAGGUCGACUUAGGGAAGGAACUUGUCGCAAACUUAUGGUAGAUUGUAAUGAAGGAGGAGUCAUUUUCAUUGAAGCUGAUGCAGAUGUUUGUCUUUACCAAUUUGGUGACCCUCUUAAACCUCCAUUCCCUUGCUUUGAAGAGCUUCUUUAUAAUGUCCCUGGUUCAGAAGGAGUCACUAAUUGUCCCCUCUUACUCAUUCAGGUUACACGUCUCAAGUGUGGUGGAUUCAUUUUCACUCAUCGCUUAAACCACACUAUGAGUGAUGGUCUUGGUUUUGUUCAAUUGGUGAAGGCUUUAGCUGAGAUAACACAAGGAGGUUGUGAGCCUUCAAUCCAUCCAGUUUGGUGCAGAGAGUUACUAAAUGCGAGGGACCCACCUCGUAUGACAUGCCCCCACACUGAAUACGAUGAAGUGCCAAAUAAUGAUGAUGAUGAAACAAGAAACGAAGACAUGGUCUACGAUUCUUUCUUCUUUGGUCCUAACCAGUUAAAGGCCAUUCAUCAAUUGUUCCCUCAUCACCACCAUCGUCAAAACUCUUCCUUUGAAGUACUCACAGCAUUCAUCUGGCGUUGUUGUACCAUAGCUUUACAGCUUGAACCAGAUAAGGAGGUUCGCUUAAUGUGCAAUAAUAAUGUAAGGAACAAAAAGUCGAACCCUCCAUUGCUGCCACCGGCUUAUUAA